AUGAAGCGAAGUUCACAAAAUACAUCAGAAAUGUGGGAGAUUCUGGGCCUUAUAAAAGGACGAAGCAAAGUUCACGAAGCUUCGGCAAAUAUAGAUGUCAAUAAAAAAUCUUUCUCAAAACAAUUUCUUCAACACUUAUUUGCAAUCUGCGAAAAACUUGCUAAAAAUCGGGAGUUAAAUCUAUCCUCAGUUAAUAUUCACAAUAUAUUAUCUAAAAGUGCAUUUUUGGGAGGUACUCAAUCAAUUGAAACCGUCAAUGGCAAAAUUUUUAAUGUUAAAAGAAAUCAAGAAGAGCCUCUGCCAAAUUCGUCUGUAUCUCCAGUUGAUGAAAGUCUGAUUUCUAAUGAUGCUGAUAAUGAUGAAUUGUUGGCGAAAAGCAGUAGUGAUAUACAAGAUGAUGAAAAUGAAUAUGUGCAAGUUCCUCUUUCUAAGCUUGAUUUUAAAGAAUUUACUGAAGAAUAUCAAAAAAUGGAUGAUACCAAAAAAUGGGUGUUGUCUACAAAAAAGAUUAUGUGA